CACUGUGUGUGUCAAUCAAAGUCAAAAAUUAUAAUUUACAAACUCUCUUCACUUGGCCGUUCAAAUUUCAUUUUAUUUUUUGCUAGAAAAAAUAUUAGGAUGCAACAUCAGUAUUGGGUAACUAAAAAAACUGUUCUAAAAAGAUUAGGUACAAAGGAGGAUGAGUGUAUUGUGUCUUCAGAUGCAGAACUCGAUGCAAAGUUGGAAUUAUUCCGAUCAAUAUCAGAUAGCUGCUUACAACUCCAACGUGUAUUAGAUCAGUACCAAGAGAGAUUGUGCAUAUUAUCACAAGAAGAAAAUUCCUUAGGAAAAUUUCUACGUGAUGCUGGUAAAGGUGUUAACCCAUCUGGUAAACACAUGGUUUCAGCGGGGAAAGCGAUAUCAUACUCUGGACAGCAACGGUUGUCAGUUAGGGGACCAUUAUUAAGGCUUUAUCAUGAAGUGGAAACGUUUCGAGGUCGUGCAGUUAGUGAUAUGCGAUCUACUGUAUCGGCUAUGGAAAAAGCCCGUAUUGAAUAUCGUGCUGCUUUGAGCUGGAUGAAAUCAACAAGUACACAGCUGGAUCCCGACACAGGACGUGGUCUUGAAAACUACCGUAAAGCUCAGCGUCAAGUUCGAGAGAGCAAAAAAGUUUUUGAUAAACUGACAUUAGACGUUUUACAGAAGAUUGAUUUAUUAGCUGCUGCUCGAUGCAACAUGUUCUCUCAUGUGUUGUCAAACUAUCAAUGUUCAUUUUUAACAUUUACAACAAAAGUGGCUCAGACUUUAUCUGCUACUGCUGAUACAAUGAAUGCUACUCCUCAAUAUGAGUUCUGUAUUUUAAAAGAAUUAUCACAGAGUUUAGAAGACAGUGUAUCAAAACCAGAAAAUGUAGUGCCACAAGAUAAGGAUCAAAUGUUGUUUUUCCAGGAUGAAUAUAAAGAUGACAAAGACAAGGAUAGACAACCAUUGGAUAAUGACAAAAAACAACUUCCCUCCAGUGAAAAUAUACAAAAUCCAUCUACAUCCAUAAAUCUGAUUGACACUACUUCUCUUGAGUCUGAGCCUUCAGGGAAUAGUUCAAGUAUUGUUUCGGAUUUAGCUGGUCUACAGUUACAUAGUGAAGAUCUAUCUGCAAAUUUUGAAUCAUUUAUGCCUUCCCAAUUACUUCAGGUAAGGAAAAAACUUUUAACAAAUCAUAACAAUGUAUCACUGCUAUGUUACAUUAACUAUAUAACACUUGCUGCUUUUCCAUGACUUCAAACAGGCGAAGUUUAUUAUACUAUAUGUCAACCACAUAUGAUAUAGCUUUCAGCAAAUAUAUCAUUUUUUAAAUCGGUUCUGUAGUUUCAGAGCCUAUUCAUUUACAAAGGAAUAUUCUUUUAUAUUUUCAGGAUCUGGCAACACCAAAUUUUUUGGAAGGUCCUUUAACACCAGUGAGCAUUAACAAUAAUAAUAAACCACUAAAGUCUUCAACAGAGAAAGGCAAUAAAUCUGUAAUUCCACCUAAGAAGGAAGACAAAGCAGCUUGGUUUAAACUUUUUGCAGAGCUUGACCCUCUCGCUAAUCCUGAUAGCUUGCCUGGUUCCAAUUCUAAUCACAGCCAUGCAGCUUAAAUAGUAUAAAUGAAAGAGUGUGCAUAUAUACAAAAAAUAUUAUAUUUAAUUUUUUAGGAUAAUGUACACAAAAUAUAGCAAAAUAUUCUCGAAACAGAUAGUUUUAAGGAUUACAAAUAAAGGUAGAUACAUAUGUAACAUGUCGUUGACUUGAUUGCAAUUUUGGUGACAUUGUUUCUUGCAAAAUCUAUUAUGUAUAUGUCACAGACAGAGAUGGAACAAGAAUAAGAUUGUCGUAAACUAUAUACAGCAUGUUGAUUAUAUCACAGUGGGGUAAUCAGUCCAUCAACUCUGCAAACCCAGUGAAGACCUCAAAAAGCUUCUGGGCAAAGUUGGGUUGGCUGGUGUAAAACAGCCAACUUUUCACACACAAUGGGCCGAUUAGAGUAUUUUGGUGGGAGAAUAUUGGUAUUGUUGACAUACCCUGGGAUGACACCACCACAAGGCACACAAAAUUUGCUUUCUCAAAUUCAAAGUUAUGAAUAACUUUUAAUUAAUUAUUCCUGGUGUUUUUGCUUCUGACAUCAUCCAAUAAUAUAAAAUUGUUCCAAUUUCAGAUUACAACCCGUUACUUCAACUUUACUGCUUGUUUGAAGCAACUCACCUAGUUGCAGAAACGCACAUUAAAAAUGUCAUUAGUUUAAAGUGAUAUUGUCGAUACAAAUUUUCAAAUUUAGAACAUUUAUUAGAGCUUAAUGUCAACCUUGUUUUCACCAGUGUUUCUGCAACUCGGUGGCUACUGUUUAUUUUAUAUUAAUCAAUGCACAUGCACUGGAUACCUGUUGAUUUUCUCAUAAUGUUCCAUCCCAUCUUUCUGUUCAAGUUUAGACACAUAUGUAAUGACUAAUGACCUUACAGCUAUAAAAUCAAAGAACAAUUUCUUGAACUUGAAAUAAAUCUAGUGAUUAACGCGAUUGCUACAUGCUAUUAUAAUUAUGAAUGAUAUAAUUUUAUUCAAGUUAGGUUUGGUACCUAGAGUAAUAAAGCUACGUAGAUUAAGUUCUUGCUAUUAUCCAUGAUUUAUUUAAACAUAGAACCAUAUAUAAACUUAAAUAAAUAUAUUGUAAGUAUUUACCUUUUAUUAGAUUAAAAUGUUAAUGUUUUCCUUCUAUAAUUAAAAUUACAAUGAAACGAUUCAUUCCUACAGCUUUAAAUAACGUCUUUCAAUGUACAUACGCAAGGCAGACUACCACAAUAUGUCAAAUUUCCACAAUUUAUUUUGAACUCAACAAUGAAUCAAGUGGAGAAAUUGGACAGUUUUGUAUAGUCUGACGUGCUGUUGACUGUACUUUUACAGAAUGAAAUUUGACGAAAUAAACCUCUUCAAUUCUUGAACUAAUUUUGUGCAAAAUAAACCUCUUCAAUUCUUGAACUAUUUUUGUGCAAAAAAGUUCAAGUUCACCCAAAUGCUGUAUCGCCCAUUUUGCUGUCACAUUUAGUGAUUUGUCCAAUUUUGUUGUUCAAGUUUAUGAGAGAAACUCCAUUUUUUUAAAUUUUGUGAAUCAUAAAUAUUUAUAAUUUUUCUAUUAUAAUUUAUUUUGAGAAGACUACGAUAAAGAUUUGGAGAAAACAUUUUACAGAAAACAGAUUUACUAGUCCUUAAUGAUCUGCUUUUGUUUGUAAAGUUUAGUAUUCCUGUAUAAGUACUUAAACUUUUCGGCAGCAUAUCAGAUUAGAAGUUUUUAUUCAGAUUCUGUAAUAUUAUUGAACAUAAGGUUAACAAUAAUUGAAUUCAUUUGUCAGCACUAUGCAUAAUCUGAUAUGCUGAUUUCUGUUAAAUAACUUCGAUAAAAUUAAAAUACUUUUUUGCACUUGAUUAAAUUGCAAUUUUAUAUAAUUAGCAUUCUAGAAGUAACGAAAUUAUGUUAUAUUUUGUUAAUGUUUAUUAGAAAAGUACCCAUAAUGCAUACAUAGAACAUGAGACUUGAAUAAGUGUGACUUUCACUAUGACACGUCACAUGACUCAUGAAUUCAUGAUGUAUCCAUUGACGGUAUCCACUUAUUAAUGUUAAAGUUUAGAUGUUAGAAUUUAAUUAAUUAUCGCAUUCAUUAUUAUGCGUUUAAGCGACUUACCAAAGAAUACUUUAUAUUAUGCUUGUGUGUAUAACAUACCAUAAAUUUAUAUAUCUGAAAUAAAAUAUGAAAAUGUAUAUCUUUUUUACAAGUUUCUUAAGUAAAAAUUAAUAUUUAUUAUCGUCAUUAUUAUACCAUAAUAUAUGAAACAAAAAAUAUAUCAUUAGGAAUUAAGCCAUGGAACUAGGGCGGUUAAACGCAACAACGGGAACAGGUCACCUCUAUCCUGCCGACGCCUUUGUUUUCUUUACUUUAAAUUUCACAAACAUUAUUAUAAUUUCUCAAUAUUUAAUAAUAAACCACUAUUAUAUUAAAUAGAACAAAUACCAGAAGCUAAGCUUCAUGGUCUAAAUUCCUUUAUCUUAAAUAUAAAAAAAAAUGUUAUAAAUAGUGAAACGCGGAUUAUACAAAAUGUAAUCGUGUUUUUUUAUUCAUUUCAAUUUUAACAGUUUCUUACGCAAACCUUAGUAUACUUUAGCAUUUAUUUCGUAAUAUUAAUUAUCAAUAGUUAAAGAGGACCUUAUUUUUUUAUUUUAUACAAGGCGUUCACAAGAACUAUUAGAAGUAGGAGCAAAUAUACUUUAUCUACCGGUAGGUAAUAUCAGAUUUUCACAUUUUUGAUUUGAAACUAUAUAUCGAUAUUCAAUAUCGGAUUCUGAUACUAAAUAUUCUGAUACUAAAACUUUAAAUGUGUCAAUCGAACUGUAUUUGGUAACCUCAAGCCAUCACGAACACAAUCGUAAACAAGUAGCAAAACAAAUCAAAAAACAUAUCACGUUCUGACUUGCCAAUUUAGCACGGGAAAAUAAGCCGGCGUGCGAUUUACUUGCUCUUUUCUUAUGCUUUGUAUUUUUAACAAAAUCAAGUCUAUUUAUACAAUAAAUGUUUUAAAAUUUUGCAGUAAACAAUAAAAUAUACGUUUUAAAUAUUUGAACCAAUUCAUAUUCUGAGAAUACUCGUUCUUUAAAUUAAUUUUGUAGCGAAUGGUAACACCAUCUAUAUUGACUUAUGGGGAUUCUCCGUAUUUUAUUUUGUAAUUGGAUCGUUUAUGACUGAUAAUCAGCAAGAAUGACAUCUACUAUACAUAUAUAUAAAGUUGAAUAUUGUUUAUCACGUCCCUUUAAAAAACUACGUGAUGCUUUGACAAUUCAAAGAAAGUUUUAUUCAUGGAUUUUCAGUUUAGUUAUUUUUUUUUUAUUUCAAAUCUUUUAUUGUUUCUUAAAAGACAAGCCCGCUCUGUAGGAUACAAGACCUGUGUUGCGAGGGACAAAGUACACUCCGACUAAGAACAAUUAUUUGUAAAUCACACGAAACAUUAUCCUUUGUGGGGAUUGAACCACAACAC